GCUGUGAAGCUACUUGCAAUGGAAAGAGAAUACUGUCCCUCAGCAAUCACAGCAUCGCUGACUGUUAAGGAUUCGCAGCCGACGCUGGCUUCACGGAUGCCUCUAUUGACUCAAGCCACU